ACUGAGAUUGCCGCAUGAAUAUUCUUUUCUGAAUGGAAAUUCGAUAUAUUAUCAUUCUAUAUUCCACUUUUUAUUUAUGUACUAUUGAUGGCAAAAACGAUGAGUGUUACUUAGUUCUAAUACCCAUCAGAAGUCACGACAGUUUAAAAUCCACGUAUGGAUGCGGAUCUGGUUCAUCGGGAUUCCGUAUCAUAGAUGAAGAAUCGAUGGAUAUGAUCAACCAAACUAUUUAUAAUUAUAAAUUUAAAAACAGAUAUUGGAAUGGUUUCGAAGGAAAAGGAGAUGGCUCAUAUUCGAUGGAAGUAACCAGAAUGGUUUUUUCUGACGAAACCGAAAUAAACCCGGAUGAUUAUACACUAUGGGACGAUAAACCAGACUGGAAUAACGGAAAAUGCGGAUGGUUUCAAGGAGAGGAAUAUUUAUUAAAAACUAGCCAAUGUAACCAUAAAGACUACAAAGCUCCUUUCGUAUGUCAGAAAGAUCCAGUCGAUGGAGAAUGCGAUACGGAACAUGACUUCCAUAAAUAUGAUUCUUUCUGUCUAAGUUACCAAUUACUCGAAUUCGGCAACGAAAAGAAAGUCGAUGCAGAAAAUAGGUGCAAUAGUAAUGGAAGAAAAGCUCAUUUAGCUACAGUUAAAGACGAAGACGAUCACAGAAGAUUCUACGAUGAAAUUCGUCACGGUACGUUUCUUUUAGUUUGGACAGAUGCCAUAUUGAAAGAUGGGGAAUGGCAGAAUUCGGAUGGAAGUAAAAUCCCGGCUUCGGCAUGGGCUCCCGGAGAACCAUCGGAAGGAAAGUGUGGAUUUAUAGCAGGUCGAAAAGAUUUCAAAUUAGUGUCUAAAUCUUGUGAUGUAGUUACUUUCGCAUUAUGCGAAAAGGAAGGAGCCAGGAAAAAAAAAACUACAACUACUUCCACAACCACUACGACUACUAAAGCGCCAACUACAACCAAGAGUAAGUUAUUCAAUCUGUUCAUAAUUCAAAUUUUAUCAUCAGAUUCAUCAAAAGUCCACAUUAACAAUUGAGAUAAGUGUCUUAGUUAAUUUGUUUCGUCAUUCGUCAAAUAAUUUUUUUUUAAUCGUUCAUCUUAAUUAAUUAAUCUUUCAAGAUAUAUUUGAUUUAGAAUCAUUAAUGGAUGAUAAUAACGUAAGUAGCCUAUAUCUAUGUUAUUUUGAAUGAGAAUAAAUGAAACGAAUAUCUGAAUGUUUUAACCUAAAAGUUAGUAGUAUACCUGUUACAAUUAAUACAAUAAACAAACAAAAUAACUUAUAAAAGAAGAUUAAAAUCAGAGAAAACUCAAGACUGUUAA